GGUGUAGUUAAUCGACGGCCGAUGACGUCGUUGCAGCAAGCCCAGGAAGUCUAGUCGAGCGCAGAGCAUCUCCGCGCUUCGAUGGAGUAUGGCGCUCUCCCGAGGCUUGAGAUGCUGCCAGAGGGUUUUCUCCUGGAUACCUGUGCUUAUUAUCACCUGCGUGGUGUUGUGGUCCUACUACGCCUACGUCUUCCAGCUGUGUCUGUUCACCCUGUCCAACACUUUGGAAAAAGUGGCCUAUUUACUGGUGUUCCAUGUGUGCUUUGGGAUGUUUUCCUGGACCUACUGGCAGUCCAUCUUUACACCUCCUGCUUCCCCAUGCAAGAAGUUUCGGCUGUCGUACUCAGAAAAGGAACGAUACGAGAUGGAGGAAAGGCCGGAUGCACAGAAACAAAUCCUGGUAGAGAUUGCUAAGAAGCUGCCCAUCUAUACCCGAGCUCAGUCUGGAGCUAUCAGGUUCUGCGACCGCUGCCAGGUGCUGAAGCCUGACCGCUGUCACCACUGCUCGGUCUGUGAAAUGUGUAUUUUGAAAAUGGACCACCACUGUCCCUGGGUGAAUAACUGCGUUGGCUUUUCCAACUACAAGUAUUUCCUGCUUUUCCUCUCCUAUUCCAUGCUUUACUGCAUAUUCAUCGCAGCCACCGUCUUUCAGUACUUCAUCAAAUUCUGGGUGGGGGACUUGCCAAACGGGCCUGCAAAGUUCCAUGUCCUUUUUCUCAUGUUUGUGGCGCUCAUGUUCUUUGUCAGUCUCAUGUUCCUCUUCGGUUAUCACUGCUGGUUGGUGGCCAAAAACAGAUCCACUUUAGAGGCCUUCUCUGCUCCAGUUUUUGUCAACGGACCAGACCGACAUGGCUUUAACGUUGGCAUACGCAGAAAUCUGCAGCAAGUGUUCGGAAAAGACCGGAGACUGUGGUUUAUUCCAGUUUUUACAAGCCAAGGGAACGGCCACUACUUCCCCUUAAAGAAUCGGAGAGAGUGUCAAAACCCCUUGCUAGCCAAUGAGGAGAUUUGGGAGGAGUCAGACGAAGCCUCCGAGGAAGGAAGCUGGGGUGAAGAUGAAGAGCUGUCUGUUACCAUAGAGAGGGAGGAAUAGCACUUCCAUGUGAGAAGUGACACACCCAACCUGUAGAUGAUGUUUUCCUCUCGUAAAGACAAUGUGACCAAGCAGCCGUCUGCUUCCUGUCAUGAAGCGCAGUGUCAUGUGAUCAUGUGUACAUGAGGUAAGCCAUGCUCCUCUGUAUCCCCUUUUGCACUUUGUCUAAUGUUACCUCACGCUGACUUGGCUUCGACAAGCUGCUUCAGCUCAGGUGUGUCACAGAAGAAGCGUAUCGUAUUUAUUUCCUCUCCGCUAACCCGACUCAACUCGCGCCUUAAACACUUUUACGUACGUCGCCCUGUGCUGUGGGAGCCCCUUUUUCCCAGUGAAUGUACUGGACUGUGCUGUAUUUUACACAACUCUCCCAUCUUUUAUUGUCAUAUUUAGGCUGGUAAAGGGAAGAAUACUUUCAUAUCAAAAGCAUGUAAGAGAGCACAUGAAGAAUCAUAUCCUAAAUACAUUUAUGCUCAACUAGCGUCACCCCUGAGUUAAAGGUGACACCAUGUAAAUACUUUCACCAUAGCCCCGUUUCCACAGUUCAAUUCACUUGCUCCCACUUUGGUACUGUGCACUUUGGUUCAGUUAGUGUUCCCCCAGUCAAUAUAAAUCUACCUCCAUAGUAAAGCAGAGCCACAUCCCACACUGUGCACAAGUUCCCCGUUUAGAGUCAAAAAGCGAAUGUAAAAAUGUCAACCAAUGAGUGGCAGGGCGCUUCAUAUGAACAUUUUACAGCAAAUGUAUUCCGAGACCCUUCCUGCUCUGUCUCUGAUCACAAUAUAACAAUGAUAAAAUGACACAUUUACCUAGACAUACUCACUGCAGGGUUAAUACUGGGCUGGACGUUUUAGAAAGAUGUGCAGAAUUAUGUUAGAUUGACUAUUUUGCACAAAAGAUGUAUUAAGUUGAAUUCAAGUUUAAUUUGAAGUAUAAAAAUGGUUUAAUAUACAGUACAGGCCAAAAGUUUGGACACGACUUCUCAUUCAAUGUGUUUUCUUUAUUUUCAUGACUACCGUAUUUUUCGGAGUAUACACUACCGUUCAAAAGUUUGGGGUCACAUUGAAAGGUCCUUUAUUUUGAAGGAAAAGCACUGUACUUUUCAAUGAAGAUAACUUUAAACUAGUCUUAACUUUAAAGAAAUACACUCUAUACAUUGCUAAUGUGGUAAAUGACUAUUCUAGCUGCAAAUGUCUGGUUUUUGGUGCAAUAUCUACAUAGGUGUACAGAGGCCCAUUUCCAGCAACUAUCACUCCAGUGUUCUAAUGGUACAAUGUGUUUGCUCAUUGGCUCAGAAGGCUAAUUGAUGAUUAGAAAACCCUUGUGCAAUCAUGUUCACACAUCUGAAAACUCUUUAGCUCGUUACAGAAGCUACAAAACUGACCUUCCUUUGAGCAGAUUUGAGUUUCUGGAGCAUCACAUUUGUGGGGUCAAUUAAACACUCAAAAUGGCCAGAAAAAGAGAACUUUCAUCUGAAACUCGACAGUCUAUUCUUGUUCUUAGAAAUGAAGGCUCAAACACAAAAUUGUUUGGGUGACCCCAAACUUUUGAACGGUAGUAUAAGUCGCACCAGCCGAAAAUGCAUAAUAAAGAAGGAAAAAAACAUAUAUAAGUCGCACUGGAGUAUAAGUCGCAUUUUUGGGGGAAAUGUAUUUGAUAAAAGCCAACACCAAGAAUAGACAUUUGAAAGGCAAUUUCAAAUAAAUAAAGAAUAGUGAACAACAGGCUGAAUAAGUGUACGUUAUAUGAGGCAUAAAUAACCAACUGAGAACGUGCCUGGUAUGUUAACGUAACAUAUUAUGGUAAGAGUCAUUCAAAUAACUAUAACAUAUAGAACAUGCUAUACGUUUACCAAACAAUCUGUCACUCCUAAUCGCUAAAUCCCAUGAAAUCUUAUACGUCUAGUCUCUUACGUGAAUGAGCUAAAUAAUAUUAUUUGAUAUUUUACGGUAAUGUGUUAAUCAUUUCACACAUAAGUCGCUCCGGAGUAUAAGUCGCACCCCCGGCCAAACUAUGAAAAAAAAACUGCGACUCAUAGUCCGAAAAAUACUGUAUAUUCAUUGUAGAUUGUCA